AUGGCUUCUCAGACUGCCGACGACGACGAAGACGACGACGACGAAGACGACGAAGACGACGACGACGGCGACGACGACAAAGAUCUAGGUUUUCACUACAAUGCUCCCCCGCCUCUAUCUCUCUCUAGGAACUCUACUAAGUCCAAUGCCGCUCUCAGAUCGCCAUCUCCUGUCGCGAAAAUAGUUCCUGAUUUCCUGACUUAUACUUCCAUGAUUAACGGGCUCGGUGAAGCUGGAAACGUUGUGGAAGCACGCCAACUGUUUAGUGAAAUGUUUAGUUGGAACAAGAUGCUUAUAUUUAAUGUGUCACUUAUACAAGCUGGAAUGGUUGAGAAAGGUUUGACUCCUAAUGUUGUCACUUAUACAACAUUGGUUGAUGGCCUGUGUAAACGUGGUGAGGUAGGAAAUAUAGAGCAAGCCAUAAAAAUUAUGGAAGAAAUGGAUCUGACGGGGUUUUAUCCUGACACUAUUACAUAUACACUCAUAGACGCUUAUUGUAAGAUGGGUGAAAUGGCCAAGGCUCAUGAAAUGUUGUGGGUUAUGCUUGGGAUGUUGGAAGAUGGUGAAAGACUAAUUAAAUGGAUGUUCGAAAAAGGUAUAAGGCCGAAUGCCACAACAUUCAAUUUUCUCUUGAAGCAGUACUGUAUUAGAAAACAUGGGCACUGUAAAGCUAGAAAUAGGAAAGAGGCAUGGUUUUUGCAUAAUGAAAUGGUUGAAGAGCGAUUUAGUCUAACUGCUGCUUCCUAUAAUGCUCUUAUAAAGGGUUUCUGUAAGAGGAAAUUUGUGCAGGCUAAGAAGCUAUUUGAGAUGAAACUCAAGGCUUUGUUGUAG